AUGAGCCGCAAAACAUUCCUGUGGUUUGAUCUAGCACUACAAGUAUUCCCGAAUGUGAGCUACAUUACAAAGGGUGAUGAUGACAUCUUUUUGCGUGUGCCGCAGUUUUUAUCGGAUUUACGUUUAUUACCACGAAAAGGUAUAUAUUGGGGUCUUCCCAACACUCUUGGACUUCGACGAGGUAAUACGAGUGUGAGAUAUCGUAUUGCUGUUGGGCGGUGUUACACCCUGUCUAGGGAUGUUGCUGAACAUUUUGUCUCUUACGAGCCAUUGAAGCGUUUAGUACAUCUCCCGUACAAGAAGGAGCGAGAACAGGAAUUUCUAUCACUCAGUAUGGAUCAUGAAGAUGUCAUGGUGGGCCGUGUGCUGCAAGUUGACUCUCCAUACACUCCUUUGGUAUUUGUGGCCGAUGAUAUUUGUCGGUUUGAACAUAUUGAGAAGGGUAGUAUCCAAUUCAAGGUAAACCCAAUGUCUGUUGUCAUUCAUAAUUUGCAAGAAGACGAGUAUGCAAUUCUAAUGGAUAGGUUUGGGAAUGGUACAACGUAUAGUCCCAUAGUGCAAUUUUGGACAAUGGGGGGGGGGGUAAAUUAG